UAGGCAUCUAUUAAUGCUUAUUAAAAUAACUAACAACAACAAUAAAAGAGAAAGUACUGCAUACUUUAUCAAUUAGCUUAUCUGUUCCAUGCAAAUCUACUUCGACCAGCCGCCACCGGUUAGCGAUUCUCCCGUUACAUAUUGCUGAUUCUUCGUAGCGUAAGCACUGCGCAUAGAAGUCAAGGGUUAUCAUUCGCAAACAUUUGCUAAACAUUGUUGCUAUUGAUGCCGUGGUACAAGGGAAGUGAACCUUAUAACCCACAACAACAAUGGCAAUCACAACAAUAAAAUCAUCGUCACCCUCUCUUGUCGUUAUCACUAUCUCGGGACCUGAGAUUAUGCUCGUGCUUUCGAUCCGCGGCUACCGGCUGUUGCCUAGUCGCUUUCAUUUGGCAUUGCAGUGGUGGCGGCGGUUGUGAGAGUAACGGCUGGAAUGCCUUGAGAGCAUAGUGGUUUGGUUAUUUCGAAAAAAAAAUAUAUUAAUUUGAAAAAUAAAAUCUCCACUAAGCGGAGAAAAAGUGCCAAAGUUCGAAACAAUAAAAGCCGUAUAGUCGAAUUUGCAUUGCUAUCCUAAUCGCGAUGACGAAUUUUCAAGUUUGCCGUUGUUGUUUGCUAGAGAAUCCUGCUUAUACGUACAACAUCUUCGGUGAAACUACGGUCGAUGGCAAAGACUGCCACGUGCGCGACACCCUUGUCUGCGGUGUAGACUUGCGCGCCGCUUUGCUCACCUGCGUGCCCAAUUUGCACCUUGCAUUCGAUGAUGGACUGUCGGCUGUAAUUUGCGACCAUUGUUUUUUGCGUUUGCGCGACACUUUGGAAUUCCGGCGUCGCUGCGAAGAAAGCGAAAGUGAGCUGAGACGGCGCUAUGCAGAUACGGAACGUGCUAUCGAUGAGGCGCUCCGCCUUGUAAAUUUUCUCGACACUAAAGGCGUCAAUGCAGCAGAGAAUUUUGGAUGUUGCCAAAGCGGAUUGCAGCAUACGGGGGAAUUAGGGCCGAAUGAGCUCGCCAUGUUGGACGAUCUAUUGCAAUUGGAAGAGCACAACCUCAAACGUGUGUGGGAUGGUACGUUAGCUUCGCCGAAUGAAGAAAAUGCCGCACUUAAAGAAACCACAGAUAGAGCAGUUGAGGAAAUACGGCUCUUGAACGAUACGCCAAUGGAUAAUGAUAUGAAGUCGGUGGCAGCUGUAGCGACCAUUGAAAAACAUGUUAACCCAAACACGCCAGUUAGUCCUCCGUCACACACCGAUAGUUCCGCUUCCAAUACUGAUUGCUCCUCGUUGGAUGCUUGUCAAACGCGAGAUGUGUCGCUAAAAUCACUACAUCCUUGUCCCGAAUGUGAAAAGAAGUUCACACGCAAAUUCCAGCUUAGAUUGCACAUGAUCUCCGUGCAUAAUUUGGGCGAUGGCUUGCAGUACGAAUGCAACGAAUGCCACAAGACUUUCGCAUCGCGUCACAGCCUCAGCUACCAUCAGCGUUCCGUGCACUCGGACGAGCGGCCAUUUGCGUGCACACACUGUGAUCGUCGUUUCAUUUUGCGCACACAACUCUCCUCACAUCUGCGCAUUCACACUGGUGAAACGAUACCGCGCACCUUCGAGUGCCUUGAGUGUAGUAAACGUUGGCGCACCAAAUCGGACUUGCGCACCCACAUGCGGACGCAUGUAAAGGUGCAAGAGCGUCCCUUUAAGUGCGAUCAAUGCGAGAAAGCAUUCUUUACUCGCGGUCAUCUCAACUCGCAUCUGCUGGUGCAUAGCGGCGAGAAGCCUUUCGCUUGUCCCACCUGUGGCAAGUCAUAUCAAUGUGUGGGCAAUUUAAAUAAUCACAUGGCGCGGCAGCAUGACUUCGAACGCGGUUUGGGACGUGGACGCAGCGCGAAUGUUGAAAACGCAGAGAUAUUUUGCCGUUGUUGUUUGCUAGAGAAUCCUGCUUAUACGUACAACAUCUUCGGUGAAACUACGGUCGAUGGCAAAGACUGCCACGUGCGCGACACCCUUGUCUGCGGUGUAGACUUGCGCGCCGCUUUGCUCACCUGCGUGCCCAAUUUGCACCUUGCAUUCGAUGAUGGACUGUCGGCUCGUCGCUGUGAAGAAAGCGAAAGUGAGCUGAGACGGCGCUAUGCAGAUACGGAACGUGCUAUCGAUGAGGCGCUACGCCUUGUAAAUUUUCUCGACACUAAAGGCGUCAAUGCAGCAGAGAAUUUUGGAUGUUGCCAAAGCGGAUUGCAGCAUACGGAGGAAUUAGGGCCGAAUGAGCUCGCCAUGUUGGACGAUCUAUUGCAAUUGGAAGAGCACAACCUCAAACGUGUGUGGGAUGGUACGUUAGCUUCGCCGAAUGAAGAAAAUGCCGCACUUAAAGAAACCACAGAUAGAGCAGUUGAGGAAGUACGGCUCUUGAACGAUACGCCAAUGGAUAAUGAUAUGAAGUCGGUGGCAGCUGUAGCGACCAUUGAAAAACAUGUUAACCCAAACACGCCAGUUAGUCCUCCGUCACACACCGAUAGUUCCGCUUCCAAUACUGAUUGCUCCUCGUUGGAUGCUUGUCAAACGCGAGAUGUGUCGCUAAAAUCACUACAUCCUUGUCCCGAAUGUGAAAAGAAGUUCACACGCAAAUUCCAGCUUAGAUUGCACAUGAUCUCCGUGCAUAAUUUGGGCGAUGGCUUGCAGUACGAAUGCAACGAAUGCCACAAGACUUUCGCAUCGCGUCACAGCCUCAGCUACCAUCAGCGUUCCGUGCACUCGGACGAGCGGCCAUUUGCGUGCACACACUGUGAUCGUCGUUUCAUUUUGCGCACACAACUCUCCUCACAUCUGCGCAUUCACACUGGUGAAACGAUACCGCGCACCUUCGAGUGCCUUGAGUGUAGUAAACGUUGGCGCACCAAAUCGGACUUGCGCACCCACAUGCGGACGCAUGUAAAGGUGCAAGAGCGUCCCUUUAAGUGCGAUCAAUGCGAGAAAGCAUUCUUUACUCGCGGUCAUCUCAACUCGCAUCUGCUGGUGCAUAGCGGCGAGAAGCCUUUCGCUUGUCCCACCUGUGGCAAGUCAUAUCAAUGUGUGGGCAAUUUAAAUAAUCACAUGGCGCGGCAGCAUGACUUCGAACGCGGUUUGGGACGUGGACGCAGCGCGAAUGUUGAAAACGCAGAGAUAUAAAAAUAUGCAUAAAAUGUAGGAAUUUUUAGAUUUGUUUGUUACUUAUUA